GGCUGCCUGCUGUCCGGAUCCUGACAGCUAACGCGCACGAAAAGGGUUUCCCCCCAUCCUUCCCUCGCUCCAAUUUAGUGCAACCCCGUCUCCGCCCAAUCUCCUCCUCGCCCCAAAAUUCGGGCUAUACUUCCCCCUUCUCGUGUCCCUCAGACAGAGAUUCCUCCUCCUUUCUGUCCGGCCCUUGUUUUCCGGCGAGGAUGUCAGCCCCCGCGGCGGCGGGUGGUUGAUGCCAAAGUCCAAUCCGGCGACUUUGAUCACCUGGUCAUUCUAUGCAGCUUCAAAAUAUUUGUUGUGCUUAACUCAAGUGCAAUACAUGAACUUCUUGCACGACCAUGUUGUUGAUUUGUGUUGCUCUUUGGCCCUUAGUACCAAAUUACCAUAACACGGUUUAGGCCUAAUAGUGGAAAAAAUGAAAAAAAAGAGAGGAGAAUACAGGGCAGUGAUACUUAAAAAAUAAAUGUAAUCCUGCUGCUGUCUGCUAAAAGGAAUCUUCUAUGUAUAGAAAGCAUAAAAUGCUCUUGAUAAGAAGUCUGGCUACUUUAUUUUUCUUGUCCUCCCCAUUGGACUCCUAUAAGGACUUUCGGAUCUUUCUUUAUGAGUUGAAACUUGCUCCAGGAUAUCGGCAUAAGGUUCUAUUGAAGUAGCUUUAACGAGGCUUUAAGAUUGAGAUGAUGGCGUAUCAGGAAAACUUAGAAUUCUACUUCAAUCUCUCACGCAGAGAGCUUCAGGGAUUGUGCAAAAAGCAUAACCUUCCUGCAAAUAGAAGUCAUGCUCAAUUAGCCAAGUCACUGGCUUCAUUUCUAAGGAAAGAAAAUGCCACAUCUUCAAAAGAGAGAUCAUCUGUCCCAAAAUCAAAUGCUAAAGAAACAGUUGACCCUCUGGAAGAAACCGUGAAAAAUUUUGUAGGGGCAUUUGAGAAAACCAAUUCUUCCAGGACUGAUAGCUGUGGACUGGCACCUGGGAUUAAUAGGAAGCUAAGUGAUGAUCAGCUACAUUCUCAUCUUGGAAAACAAUUGAAAAGUAGUAGCCUCUUGAUAAGUCAAUCAUCAGAAAAGGCAUACAAUACUGCUGCAAAUGUGGUUUACCCUUACCCUAUUACUGAUGGAACCAAGGAAGGUUUUGGUUCUUCUAAUUCUGAACCUGGUGAUAUGGGCACAGGAUCUCAGGUUGCUGCUGGGAUCCGAGAUAUUACAACCUUGUCACAGCUUCAUUGUGAUAACAACCAUGUUGCUUCUAAGAAUGGAUCACAAAAAUCCUCAGAGUUGAGAGGCUGUGGUCAGAAAUUACCAACUCAUGCUGUGACCAAUACUAGGACUUCUAAUACAACACUAGUGCCAUCUGGACAUAAAAGAGCUGGUGCCUAUUCCAGAGAAAGUAGAUUUAUGUCUUCUGAUGAAACUUCUCCAAAAGCACCUCCUUCACUUCAAUUUUUUGUGAUGUCAGAGGAGGGAAUUAAUCUAUAUAUAGAUUUGAAUUCUAGCCCAUCAGAAUGGAUCAAUAGCUUGAAGGACAAAAUGUGCAUCCAUCCGAAAGCACAAGACCAUGAAUCAGAGACUCUUCCCGCUCAUAUUAGAGGCUUGGCAGAUGCUGAUGAACAUACGAAAAUUUCACCACCUGGGAGCACUGGAAUAUGCCUUCAAAGCAGUGGAAUGGAGAAGAACACAGGAUGUACUGAUUCUUCCUUGGGCUCAGUUGUUAGUGCGAAUUGUCAAACCGAGGCCUGUCCACCAGAUGCAAUUGUUGUAACUUCUAGAGAUUCUGUGUUGACAUCAAGUAGCAUCCCUGUCGAAAUAUCAGGUUUUCUGGAGAGGAAUCAAGUGGUUUCAUCUUCCUGUGUAACUAAUUCUGAUGUUUACGAUCACAUGGCAUCUGAUAUUGCAUCUUGUCCCAGAGAUGAGCAGGUCCUACAUCAAGACUCUGAUGAUGCUUCUUUUAGGAUUGAUAAGAGCAGUUCAUCAGUACCCGAUAUUUCUCUUAAAUCUGUUGACAACGUAGAUACGAGUCUUGAUGGAAACAGAAAGCCUGAAACAGAUGAGUGCUGCACUCUGAAGAUAGUAAGUGCUGAUUUUAAUAAUGGAGAACCCAAUGCUUUAGACAACACCCUAAAUAGUAUCUGCAGGACAAGUAGCCUUCCAAUAAUAUCUGAUGGAAUACAAGACAAUGUGGGAGCUUCUUAUACUGGUUAUUCUGAAAAUCAUAGUGGAGCGUGUGAAGUUCCACUGGAAAGAGAGCAUAUGGAAGUAUUACCAGAAGCCAGAUGUCACCUCAAGAUGUUAUCAAAUUCCAGUAAAAUUGAUGGGCAAAUGGUAUUGGAUCAUCCAAUGACUGAUGCACAAUCAGAUGUAGGGUCAACCGACCAUCUCUCCAAUCAGCAUGCAUGGAGUAAUCUUGCAACUUCCGUUCCCAAUGAUCUGAUGUCAGCAUUUGGGGAUGAAUCGGGUAGAUGCACUCCAACGAAGGGGAAAAAUAGCUCAGAAUGCUCACAAUUUCGAAACACCUUAGACAAAAAUUCUAAAAUAUCUCACAACCCAUUGUCUGCUGAGGAGUUCCAGAGUAAAAGGCAACAUGUUUGUGGUGAAAAGAGUGGGAUGAUGAGUUUAGGAAGCUCUAAGAGUUCGGUAAAAGAAACUCCAUGGGAUCCUAUUGUCGUUCCUAGGCGUUCCAUGCGGCUUGUUUCUAAGUUGAGCCCGAUUCUGGCAUCCUAAUGUGACCGACGGUGCCCACACGAUUGGCUCGAGAUGAUUGAAAGUGGAUACAUUCUGCUCCAUUCAUGCUGAAGUGUAUAGGAGGCCUUUCCUUGCUUCCAUAAUGCCAAAUUUCACAGCUCAAAAGGUACAUGAUCUAUAAUUUCAUGGCUCUAUAGCUAAUAUUAGUUUUAUUCUAAUUCAGAAAUGGUUGGACUGGAAUGAGUAAAUUCUAUCGUGGGAGUCAUCAUUUCUACUUUUAUUGUUGAAAGAACCAGUGGUGAAGAAUUCAUCCCAUAUCCACGGUACUAGUUCCUACAAGGAUCUCCUUCCAGCAUGGUUAGAAGAUCCUUAAAAAUUCAAAUAGGGAGUUACAACUGCUGCAGGUUCUUGUGCCUUGCUAAAAGUCUUUCCAACUUUUGAGGAAUUGUGACCGUCUGAUCUCUGCCUUCAUGAGCAUAAAUUACCUAAAUUUGCCGCAUGAUCUUCAUGCCUGUUUGAGGUAUCUUAACUAGAAAAUUCAAACUUAUUGAUUUUUUUUUUUUUUUAAAAAAAGGACAAUCAUGCUGUUAUACAAUAAGCUGGCCUCUGAUAAUGAAGAAAAAGUGCUAUUGAAAAAAUGGAGGUGACAAGGGGUGUAUAAACGGAGGUGGCUCCUAUGCUAAUGCUUGAUUGUUCAGAAUUGACAAAAAUAAUUUCAAAAAUUAGGACAUGACUUGAUGGUCUUGGUUAUAGAAAGUUUUAAAGUUGCUAUCAGGACCAUAUGGUGCAAGGUGCAAGACCUUCGACUCAGGCUGUUUGAUCAAGCAUAGGUUUCUGUUGAUUCUAACUCUACUUCCAAAUACACAUGCAUACACCCCAACAUAGAUCAUGUAUUAGAUAGAUUCCGACAAGAGCAUGAAAUGGGGUUUUUUCGUAAGAGCACAAGAGAAGUUGUUACAUUCCUUCCAACGCCUACUUAAUCCGUUUCAUAUGUUGGUAUUUAAACGAGACGAAAGAAAACAUUUACAUAUCCGUUCCCACCAUACCUUGUCUCUGCAUUCUCUUUCUUAGGGGGUCGGUCCGUGUCUCCAUCUCAGUUGCUGAGACAUAAAUUCCAAGCUUUCAACAACCAUGGCUCUUCAAUAUAGGUUCUCCCUCAGCUCCAUAGACCAUGAGGAAAUGGAAUUUUUUUUGUCUUAUAACUUUCUCUCUACUUCAUCAGAGCAAGUCCAAAAAUAAAGAAACAGAGAAAUAUAAAAGUAUCAAGAAUUUGGGGUUUGUGAAGUGUCCCAUAUUGGUCUCGUUUGUAAUCUGGGUUUGUAAUUUUUUAAGGCUAGCCCGAGUUGAUUGCCUAAUACCGCAAAGCCUAUGACAAAGUCAUCUUGAAAGUUACAUUUGGCUGCCAAAUUAUUGAUCUGCUAUUUCUAGUGCGUUUUUGUUUAAUCGUUUAGGCUUAUAAACCACUACUCAGGUGAUUGAUCUCCUUCCCGACUUUUUAGUUAAUGGCGAUAAAUUAUGUACCACUGACUUGUCUCCUUCAAAUAGAUUAAACUAAUGGUAAUCAAGAGUUUUCUUUUAUUUUUUUCUCUUUACAUUUUCUAUUGCACGGUUAUUUGUUUUUUCUGAUAUAUAUUCGACAUUUAUAAAUC